CCCAUUCAGAAGGCUUAAAAGAGGCAACGCAAAGCAAAACACUGGCAUUACACAGUCUUAAAAUGAAGUCCACAGCACACACUUUCCCUGCUCUUCUGGUGCUGGGAAUCUGCAUCCAAUACAUAGUUCAGACAGUAGAGAGUCAGCAUAUUCCAAACCGCUGCAUUUGUCUAAAGUCCAAGAACGGAGACAUGGGUCCAUUUUCAGAUUUCACGGUCAUCUUAAAAAGACCUGGCUGCACAAGAGACGAAAUCAUUGUGACACUGAAGAAAGGAAACAAACAGGUUUGUCUUAGUCCUCAUGGACCUCAAGGCAAAAGACUCCUGAAAUGCUGGCACAGAAAACAAGAGUUGGGCAAGAUCGGUAAGAUAUGCAUGGGAAGACUCCGACCACGUCCUCAGAAGAGCAAGCAUGCCAAAUCAAAGUUGAUUUAAAGAUACUCAGGAAAGCACGAUGGCAACUACUGUAAACUACUGUAAAUGAUAGUCUUGAUUGGUUUUUUAUAAGCUUUAUGUAGCAAUUUGAUUGUUUUACAACUGCAUAAAAAGGGUGAACCUAGAAAUAAAGUAAAAAGGUCAUGUUAUUGCCGGUUUGGUGUAGUAUUAAUAAGUGAAGGGGAUGUAUUUUGCACACUGUACAUAUGUAUAUAUUUUUUGUUAAAUGUAAUUUUUUUACUAAGCUUUACAAUAAAUAAAUUAAAAAAGAA